AAUGUGUGGGGGAGCUAUAAUUUCGGAUUUUGAUCCUCUGGUUAGCCGAUCAUCACGUCGGCUUACAGCCGAGCUGCUAUGGGGCCGCGGCGCCGGAGAUCUGGGCAACAAGAAUAAUCGUGAGAGUUCUGUCUCGCAGCCGAUGAGGACUCGGCCGAUCGUUGAUUCGUACGACGAUUUUGAAGCUGAUUUUCGGAAAUUUGAAGAAUUCGGCGACGAUGACGGAGGAAUCGAGGUGAACAAGAAGCUGGUUCGCUCUACCUCUGAAAAUCCUGGCUCUAAAGGUUUGAAGUCUGUUGAUUCUGUUGUAUCUAACGAGGAUGCUGAAAAGCCUUUGAAAAGGCAAAGAAAGAACAUAUACAGGGGGAUUCGACAGCGUCCAUGGGGUAAAUGGGCUGCUGAGAUUCGUGAUCCGAGGAAAGGUUCGCGUGUAUGGCUAGGUACUUUUAACACAGCUGAGGAAGCUGCAAGAGCCUAUGAUGUCGAAGCAAGAAAGAUUAGAGGCAAGAAAGCUAAGCUAAACUUCCCUGAUGAAGUUCCACCCUCUAAUAAAUCAGACUCUACAACAGUGCCUCCUAAUAAUGUCCCAACUACUGUCGACCCUGUCUUGACCCAAAAUAUGAGCUUUGGAAACAUGCCGAAUGGCGAGCUGUACAAUUCUUGGGGGUUUGUGGAUCAAAAACCGGUGAAUCAAUACGGGUUUGUUGAUAUAGGAGCACAACCGUUUGUCGCCAAUGAUGUCUCUUCUAUUCAGUUCAGCUCUGAUCAAGGGAGCAAUUCUUUAGACUGUUCUGAUUACGGCUGGAGCGAUAACUGUGUCAAGACCCCUGAUAUAUCGUCUGUUCUCUCAGCCAUCAUCGAGGAUAAUCAAGCCGAGUUUCCUGGCAAGACUGAAGAAACUCCAGUUUCUGAUAAUUUUGUGAUUGGUAACACCGAUUCUACAAACAAACUGCCUGAAAAUCUUUCAGAGUUUGAAUCCCAGAUGAAACUUAUUCAGAUGCCCGACAUUGAGAACAACUGGGAAGCCUCGAUUGAAGCUUUUAUCAAUGGAAAUGCAGGUCAAGAAUCCGGAAACACUAUGGAUCCAUGGUCUUUCGACUAUGCUCCAACUAAUGUUCCUGUCGUUUCGCAUGAGGCAUCGACUCGCGCCGCAAUACCUGGACGAUGAAGUGAUGUAUGAAUUGUUGAAGAUGUUAUCUAACUUUGUGAGCAUCUUGAGAGGUAUUUGAGGAAAACUGGUUGCAUUUUUAGACCUUUUUGUUUAUUUUUUCUGAGAAACCAUUGCAGUUUUAUCGUAUAGGAACUCAGAUUGUCUAUGACAUGUUUUUAUGACAUUGUUUUAUUCCUUGAUUAUGCACUUAUUUACCUAACAGAAAAUACACAUGUUUUCGACACGCC